AUGAUAGAUUUCAACUUCGACAGUGCUUGUACUACUCCUUAUAUUAGUGCUCCUUCAAGUCCUCAACAUUUUGGGACAACAUUCUUUUUCAGUGCCCCCACUAGCCCUACUCGCAUCUCUGCCCUUAUGGAGAAACUAACCGGACAUGAAUUGGAGAAAAGCUCAAUAAUACCAGCAGCUGAUGAGCUCUUUGAUGGAGGAAAAAUCAAGCCUUUAACAAAUUCACCCUUUGAGUCCCCGAUAUCACCAAAGUGGAAGUUCAAAGGUAAGAAGCACGCGAUCGAGCCAAUUGUAGAAGCCAAGGAAAGAACUCAAAAUUCUAUAAGAAAUAAUUCUUCAAGUUCCAAUAGACAUAAAGCAACAAGAUCAUUAUCUCCUCUGAGAGUAUCGGAUUUAUUGUUAAUUGAUGAGGAUGAUGAAAGUAUUGAUCAAGAAAAAACAGAGUACUCUGUUUCAUUGUUGAUAUCGAUAUGGAACAGUUGGAAGUUGAAAGACUUAUUGCUAUUUAGAAGUGCUUCCGAGAGUCGAGCAAGUAGCAGUAUAAAAGAGUUAAAUAAGAAGAUGAGGAGACCGAUUUCGGCUCAUGAAUUGCAUUACAAGAUGAAGAGGGAGGUGUUGAAAGAUAUGAAGAAGAAAACUUUCUUACCAUAUAAGCAAGGUCUACUUGGUUGGCAUGGUUGCUAUGGCCUUGAUGAUACAAUUUCACCUUACAUGACUCCUCGUCAAUAG